CAAAGCUUCAGUGCUGUGCCUGUGCCCCUCUUGACUGAGUAGUGACCAUAAAUACCAAGCCAAAAUUGUAACUUUGAGACACUUCCCUCACAGUUCUGGCCAUGUCGCUGCGAAGCAUCUGCAGAGAGAAAAUGGGACUAAGAAAAACCAGGAGAGUCGGAUCAGAUUACUCAGAGGGAACAGUGAUAAAGGAAAUAGCCAAGAGAUGGUCAAGUUAUACAGUAGCGAGGAAGGAGAAAGAAGAAGAAGAAGAAGGCCUGCCAAUGGACGUGCCAAAGGGUCACUUUGUGGUGUAUGUGGGAGAGAGGAGAAGCAGAUACAUUGUGCCUAUUUGGUUUCUGAGUCGUCCUGAGUUUCAGAGGCUGCUUCAUGAAGCAGCUCAAGAGUUUGGGUUUUGCCAGCAAAGGGGUCUUACGAUUCCUUGCCAGCAGCAUGUUUUUUGAGUCUCUUGUCACUUCCUUGCUCCGACCAUGAAGUUCAGAUUCGAAAAGAGAUCAAAACAACCCCAUGCUCACUAGUCACUACUACUUUUUUUUUUUUUUUUGGUGGGG